AGAGGAAUUCGGCCCACUUGUCAGGGUCUUUCAUGUCACAUUUCUCCCCUGAGGAACUGACCUCUCUAUCCUUGUCUCGAAAAUAACUGUGAAAAAGUUAAAUGGAAUAUAACAAAACUAAAUUCUGCAAAACAGUUGGAGGAACAUCCCUCCUGUCGCCCCCACAUCAGAGAAAGAACUGAACUGAGGGAUGAAGACGGAAAAUUGUGAUUUUUGUCAACGGAAGAAAGUGAAUUGGAGAGGAGGGCAUUUGUACGUGCGUCUGACAAGUCGGGGAUGACGCACCCGAUUUAUUCAUGUAAUUAUACUGUUCGUGUUUCUUUCUUCUUUGAGGGAAAGGCAAAGAGCCGAGAGGAGAUAAUGGCAGUGGAGAGAAAAGGGGAGGAGAGAGAGCAGAGAGUAAAGUACAGAGCAGAGAGAGGAGAGGACCAGAGCAGAGAGGAGGAAGGAGAGUGCAAGAAGAGGAUACAAGUGAAGGCGAGGAGAGGAUGGAUAGCAGAUGGGAUCUUUGUGUCAAUGAAAUCAUGAACUCCACUGACCUCUGCAGGAGAAUAAAAUAAGCUCAACCGGCUGCAAAAUCAUGAGCACUCCCACAUCAGGAGGCCCAAAUAUGGAGGUGACGGGCAUCUCUCAGGAGAUGGCAUUGCUUAGCAACAUACUGGCAGCUUACACCUUCAUUGCAGACCAACCCGAGAGGACGGCUUUGGUGUUUCUGGGCGGCGUCUGUGUCGGCCUUCUCGUCACGCUCUGCGCCAUCGUCUUCCAGAUACACUGUCGGGCAGACUGUCACUACGGCAACAGUAAGCACCACAACCACCGGCGCAGGAACAAGCAUCACGACCGUCGCCAUCACAGCUGUCCCCUCCAUCAGCCCGCGGUCAGUAAUGCAGAUAACACUGCUGUUGUUGCCACUGGAGGAAGCGGGCCUGCUGGGGACAGCGAAUCAGAGGACUGGGAUGACGCGUCCGACCUGUCAUCACGGAGACGCAGGCGCUUUGAGAGGGCUCUGCUGCACGCCACCAUGUUCACGUCAGCUGAGGAGCUGGACCGCGCCCAGAGGCUGGAAGAGCGGGAACGGAUUCUCCGAGAGAUCUGGAUGAACGGACAACCGGACAUUAGUACAGUCACUCAAAGCCUCAACAGAUAUUACUAAUGGAUAAUCAAACAGGUAGUCAGAGGGACGAGAAGAUAGCGAGUAGACACAUGGAUUAAAAGGUUUUAAAAAUCCACAAAUGAAGAAAAUUAACCCCACAGGAUUGAAUCAGAAGCGGUCUGCAGUUCACCAAAGAGACUCUAACAGAUGAAACUCUUGCCGGGAGCCGUCCCCUCCAAGUCAUAUGAGUUGCGAUGGCUCACUCCUCCAAAGCAGGGUGACACUCAAGGGUGUGGAGGAAGACUGUCCUCGUGCACCGUGCAGUGAACAAGUGAGCCUGAAGACGCAGCGAAGCUUCAGAGCAUUCGCUGCCACGUGUAACAUGCUGUUGGUAAAAGCUGCUCACGGGAUUUUAUAAUGGAAUGACAUUUUUAACAGGUGCUUUUGAGCAUCACGGACAGAAAAUACUGUGGCUGCAGCGCUGCAGAUGUUUGUCAGUGUGCCUGUCCAGAUGUGGGUGAUAAUGUGAUGUUGCACUUUUCUCAGAUCACCCUUUUUUGGGGGAAACUGGAAGGGAAGUUAAAGGUAGUCAAUAAAUUCAGAGCAUUUCCACUGCCCUCUACAUGGCUCUAAACAUGGAGACAGCUGAUCUGGCGGCAAGCAGCUAGAGGUGGAAACAGUGAAGGAGUGAAAAUAACUCAACGGUGCUGACAGUGCAAAGGGUGUUACCUGGGGAGGAAUCAGAUGAAAACAGACAGAUAAAAACCUCUGGCCCCGCUGAUGAAACACAGAGAAGCUUGGAUUACAACACACACGUCUGACAGCGACUUAUUUAUUUGCUUAAGUAGACAUCUAGACGUAAUCCAUUGUGACUUUACAUUGCAAACGGUUGCUGGUGCUAUAUUAAUGCUCUGAAUUUUUAAUUUGACACCUUUUAGAAACAAUAGAAGAGAAUAAAAUAGUGAGAGAUGUUGCUCAAUGCCAAGACCCAUUUAAAACAUGACGGUGCUUCUACUGCUGAUAUAUGCAUGGUAAAAAUUGAAAACUACAACUGUUAGAUGGAGGCUUAUCAGGUACAGGUGCUGUUGCACAAAGACAGAGGACAGCAGAUCAUCAUCCCUGAGAGGCUCAUGCUGCCCAACUUUCAUUGGCUCUGAGCUGGAAAAAAAAGAAGAAAGAAUUCAUUGAUGCGGUUUUCUGUACAUAUAUUAUUAAGUAAAGUCUGCUGUUGAAAUGAAAUAUUGUGGCCUACAUUUCUUGCUUUUAAGAAACAGCUUUUAAAUGUCUUGGGGAUGUUGUACAUGUGUGGCGUCACCUGUUCGCUGGUAUGAUGGACUCUGCUGGGACGCCAGAUUGGAUGCAAUGCAAACUGAGUCUGGGUUCGUGGACAUUGGAGCCAGACUCCCCCUGGUGUUCAUAAGGAUGCAAAUGCAACUUUCAAUCAGAUAAAUGGAAUUAACAUGAAUAGAUGAACAGGUGAUUACAAAAUAAAAGCAACAGUGGUCAUAAUAUUUGUAUAUGAUGUAAUGGAUAUGGCUCUUCUGACUGUCAUUAACUUAACCAACAUAAAUCAUCACAAGCGCCGCCAUUAUUGUAUUCAGUACUAACGAUGUUAUAUUCCUCAUUAAGAAUAAGUGAAAACUCA